ACCUUUGAUUCACCUAACUCUCUGGUUCUAAUUUCAAAGAAUUUCCCUUUUCGAGAUUACGAGAGCUAUGUCUCAUUGUCAUUUACUAUAACCCCUUUAUUAUCCUCAACCGUUACCCACCCUUCAAAUCCUUAUAAAAUCCACAUCCAUGCAACAACAAUAGCUCAAGUAUUGCUUCAAAAGUAUAUCAGAGAGAAAGAGAGAGGGCGAUGGCUAGCUCGGUUGUGAUUUUUGUGCUUGUUUUAGCAUUUGUGCAUGCAACUGCAGCACGUAAUGUUCCAAGUGAUGCUGAUCUUGAUAGCAAUAAUGUUGUCCCUAAUGAAGAGCAAGUAUUGCAUGCUAGUGCACCAGCUGCCGAUUCACCUAGCAGCACUGGCCUUAAAGACAAAAAGAAUUUCAUCUAUGGUGGUGUUGGUGGCUUUGCUGGAAUGGGAGGUUAUGCUGGUAUCAUUGGCGGUCUGCCAGUUAUUGGUGGCCUUGGUGGAAUUGGCAAAUAUGGAGGGGUUGGAGGGGUUGGUGGAAUAGGAGGUGUUGCUGGCCUUGGCACUGGCACUGGUCUCGGUGGUGUAGGAGGUGCAGCUGGUGGUGCUGGUGGUUCGGCUCUACCAUCCCCUUAAGUCAAUAUAUAAUUAGUUUCAAUAUGGUUUUGCUUGGUUUGGUGUUUUAGGGAACUAUCUGAGACAGGUCGUUGUGUUAAGCGCGAGUUAUUAUCCUUGUCAAAUAGUUGUUUCCUUGGACACAUCUUAUGCUGUAGGUGUUGUUAUCUUUAUGUUUCAAUGAUAAUU